UUUUACAGGAGACCCAUCUUCCUCGCUCUUUCUUUGUGUUUUUAAAUGCGAUUGUUUCCUCAAAGUCCUCUCAAAUAACAGAACAGCGGAUUGGAGAGAGGUCCCCCUUCUCCAUUUCAUGCACUAGAACAAACCCCACCAAGAGAAAAGGGGGUUAAACAUUAGAAAGCUCUUUCUGAUCCUCUGAUCAACAUCCCACUUUUGCGACUCUAUCAGAGUUCAGCGGAACAGAGAAAAAAAAACCCAGUUGGUGUUGUUAUUUUUAUCUUGCGUUUCCAAUCAAAAUCUUUCUCUCUCUCUCUCUUUUUUUCUUGUUCCAUAGCAGUGAUUCAGAACUCAGGAGAAACCCAGUUGGGUCCUUGUGCUUCUUUUAUCUCUGUUCACUCUUUUCUUAACUGGGCUUGUCUGGGUUUCUGUAGAAAAUGAGCUUACAACACCUGCAAUCAACUCUGUGUCAGAGGAGCGAUGGUGAAGGUCUCAGAGCGUUUGCAGGGGCGAGUUUUCUCUCUCCACCUUCUCCACUUACUCUCCCUCUGAGAAUCGGAGGCUCCACUAGCGAGGCGAAGAGUACUGCCAUGGCUUUUCAGGUCUUAAACGAUCCAAUAGAGCUGCAGAAGAAAGAGUGGGGCUUCCAGCCCUUGGAGAGCAGGCGCAUGAAUGGAAGUGAGGGUGGCUGUAAUGGGUAUUUGGGGAAUCAGAGCACCCGGGCUGAGGAGGAAGAAGGUGAGAACUUUGUCACAGGGAAGGAUCAUGAGAAUGGGCAACAACCUAAGCUCUGUGCCAGAGGCCACUGGAGACCAGCUGAGGACGCUAAGCUCAAAGAGCUAGUCGCUCAAUAUGGUCCUCAGAACUGGAACUUGAUCGCUGAGAAGCUUGAAGGAAGAUCAGGAAAGAGCUGCAGACUGAGGUGGUUCAACCAGCUGGAUCCAAGGAUUAACAGGAGAGCUUUUACUGAGGAAGAAGAGGAGAGGCUCUUAGCCGCUCAUAGACUAUAUGGGAACAAAUGGGCUAUGAUAGCUAGGCUUUUUCCUGGUAGAACUGAUAAUGCAGUCAAGAACCAUUGGCAUGUAAUCAUGGCUAGGAGGCAUAGAGAGCAAUCCAGUGUUUACAGAAGGAGGAAGCCCUCUUCUUCUCCGGCUGCCCAAAAGAAGAUUGAGAUGACCAACCAAAACUAUGCAUGCAGUGACUCAACCAUUACAAGCAACAGAGAUGAAUCGGCCUCAACCUGCACAGAUCUCUCCCUCAAUUCCUCUUCAACCAGAGUUACUACUAGUUUCUUCACCAGGAUCAGUCCACACCAGAAUCAGCGAUCCUUUCCAUCUGAAGUCAAUGUUGGUGGUUCUGUUAAUGGCUUCUGUAACUAUACGCCCAAGGGGAUGAAUAUGAGUGUGGAUCAAUCUGGUUAUUCAGAUUCCAACUCUGAAAUCUCAGCGACUGAAUCAGUGGCCAAUAACCAUACAGGUGCCGGAGAGAUUGAUUACGGGAAUGAGAACUUUAGCUUGCCCUUCAUUGAUUUCCUUGGAGUGGGAGCCACAUAGAGUGGAUUUUGGGGGCUGAAAACUUUUCCUGGGUUGUAGCAGCUGGGCUUAAUUUCCUCCAUAGAGCUGGAAAGAAGAGGGUUGGGGAGGUAAUUUUACGGUUUCAAUGUACAGAUGUUCCAAAAUGGAAAAGAAAACAAAGUAAAGGCAGAGAAAAGGAUAUCAGAUGGGGGAGGGGAGAUGGAAAAAAAAUCUUUUUCAUGAAAAGAAAAAAAAAAGUGCUCAAGUAGUUAUGUUUCAUUAACUAUCCUACAGACUCACUUGUUUGGAUUCAUCUCCUUGUUUGUGAUUUUCUUUCUCAUGCUGUUAAAACAACCCAACUUCUCUUUGGUUAAUGAAAGUAUGAAACUGUCACCUUACUGCCA